UUUUCCAUUUCAGGCAAAUGUUUAGAAGAGAAUUGAAGUAUGAAGAAUUUGGGUUUAGGAGCUUAAUACAUCUUUGUACAAGUUUAAACUCAAUUUUUCACUAUGUCAGGCCUUCCACUGAUGAUUUUAAAUUAUAUGACCGAAGAAAACCACUACCUGAUUCCGCUGAAAAAGUUUUUACUAUUGCAAGUUAUAGUAAUGAUGCCAAAUCAGAUAAGGAAGGUGGGGCAGCUCUGCCGAGUAUAGAUUGGGAAGAUGUUAUGAGAUUUUUACCACCAGGCACAUUCAAACCCGGUAAGGAAAUUCCUCGAGCAUUUGUUUCGAAAGUAACAUCAGAGAAUGACAGCAUCGACAUUAAGCUUGGUGAAGUUUAUGAUUUAUCCAAAUUUUGGAUAUACCUUGAUGAUGGUUUGCUAGAUGAUCUCAUGGAUGCUAUGCAGGAGUUUUACAAUCAACAUGCAAAAGACUAUGUAGUUCCUGUAGAAUUAGUUCGUGAAGGACUUUACUGUGCUCAAAAGUUUUUUGGGGAAUAUCACAGAGCACUGGUAGUUGACUUGAUAUCACCACCAGAAGAAAUGGUUAGGGUGAGUAUCAUAUUCAGGGAAACGGUAAUUUGAAAAAUAGGUUUCCUGGUGAAAUAAUUUUUUUAAGUUAUCCACUUUCUGAAAAUCUUAACAUUGUCACCUAUAAGUAUUAAUAUUUCCAACUUGGUUAGUGGAAUGAGCAUCGAUAAGAGUAUUACAUUUAUGGUGAUUGGGAAAAGUGCUUGUUU